ACCACUCCUCCAAUAUGGCGUCCUCUAGAACAGAAGAAAGUGCAUUCAAAAUGGACAUCCACAUCACAAGAUUCGAGGAUUCCUCGCCAGUGUUCUUUAAAGUUGAUGGUGAAAGGUUUAAGGAGACUCAGACUCUGAAACUACAAGUGGACACGUCGUAUAAACUUUCAUUCGAGUUUCGUCCAUCGAAGGAAGUGAGUGAAAUUUCUAUUGGUGGAGGAAAUGUUAAGCAUGAACUCAAGAGAAGUGAUGAAAGAUCUUCAGUGUAUGAAUGCUCAUGGUCUACAAAUGGGAUGAGUACAUCCAAAAAUAAAGACAGACUUUACAUGAUAAUUUUUGUGAAGUUUCAAGAUGGCAAAGAGAUGAAUGCCAGAGUACAAUGCAAAAUGUAUUCCCUGAAGGAAAAGGAUCACGUCAAAUGGGGGACAUGCUUGAAGAACCUGCAAAUCGAUUGUAAAGUGCGGGAUGGGCAGAAUGUUGUUGAUGUUAAACAGGUUUUAUUCAAGUGAUCAAGUGCCAACAUGAUUCCUGUCAAUUUUAAAUGGUUUCCUUAACUAAAAAAUAGCCAAUUGCAAGUCUAGAUUUUGUUUAUUAUCAAGAAGGUAUGGCUACUUGGCCUAGCCAAUUGGUCAACUCACCUGGUGUUUGUGGUCUGUAAAUGUUACAUGUUUCCAAGUUUAAUAUCCACAAAAUGGGUGAACAAUUUAGGUUUUCUCAAUGACAUUCAAAAUUUUAAAUACAUGUUUAGAAAAAAUAAAGCAUUAUCAAUUGUAUUUUUAUCUUUAAAAUGUUUGUAAAAUAUAGAAUAUGAACAGAUUUCUUCAAGUUACAAGAGAGAGAAAAACUUGAAAAACACUAUUGCUCAAUUUUGUACCAUUUUUCAAAUGUCUUUGACAUCUUUUCAGUAAAGCAUUGUGAAGCAUUACUACAUAUGGUACAUCAUCUUUAUCUAUACACUGUUACACUCAUCAUAAAAUUGUUAUUAUAUCAUAUUUCAGAGAUUACAAUUCAAAAAUUAUUUGCAUAACAGACAUAAGGAUAUGUAUUUGAAGGGGUUGUCUUUUUUUCUUAAGACUAAGUUUAAUAUUAGUAUUUGAUAAGUAUAUUUUCCUUCCUUUAAUUUUAUCCUCAGUACUUUUGAUCUGACAUGGGGAAAUGGGAACAAGGCCAAGGAAUUACUAAGAGUACUGGAUGCACCAGGAAGAGGUCAAGGGUUUGAUUCCCAGACCAUUUGUUUCACCCCUUUACUCCCAUGGUGGACCAAAACAGCAUUUCUCCUCACAGUAUCAAUGCAAUAUAAAGCAAACAAGUAAUGAGAAUAAAUAAAAAUGUAAGUUAGAGGAUUAUUAGUGGAUCCAAUAUCAAACUCUCUGAACUAACAUCAUAAGAAUUGUAUGACAGACAAUAAGCAGAAUUACCAAUGAGAUCUGGGAGUGAGAGGGUAAAUAAAAAACUUGU